UCUAUCUCGAAAGGGCAAGUAUUAAUUGCUUUUUAUUAUUCUCUUCUUUAUUAAUUUCUUCAAGCUUAAUUUCAAUCACUUUCUCUGUUUUCAUAUGACAUGAAUGUUUUCAUUUAAUACUUUGCAGAAAAAGGUCCAAGUUGAUACGAACAUCAACUAAUUUCAUGGAAGCAACUCAUGAAGGAAUAAAGACUGUUGGCGCCAACAAUCACUGCAACUUCUCAAGUACUUCUGAUCUUUGCAUUUGCAUAGUGACUUGGAACAUGAAUGGCCAGGUUUCUUACGAAGAUAUAGAAGAGCUUGUGAGGGGAGACCGGAAAUUCGAUCUCCUUGUGGUUGGUCUGCAAGAGGUUCCGAGGAGCAACAUUUCGCGGUUGUUGCAGAAAGCUCUAGCUGAUACUCACAUCUUGCUAGGGAAAGCCAUUAUGCAAUCCCUGCAUCUAUAUGUGCUGGGACCGAAGAACCCGGACUUGUUCAUCAAAGAAUUAAAGGUGGACAAGCAUGCUGUUGGAGGUCUUGGAGGACUAAUUGGGAGAAAGAAAGGGGCUGUGGCUGUCAGAAUCACCUGCAAAGGAAUCCAUUUGGUGUUCAUCUCUUGCCAUCUCUCCGCUCAUGCGCGAAAUGUGGAAGAGAGGAACUCCCAAUGCAGGCACAUAUCGCACUCACUCUUCUCCAAGAACUGGAACCCCUAUGCAAGAGCUGCCCAAGUCACCGUGUGGUUGGGAGAUCUCAACUACAGGGUACAGGGGAUCAACACUCUUCCCGCCAGAAAUUUAAUACAGAAAGACCUUCACAGUCUGCUCACCAGCAAAGAUCAACUCUUGCAAGAGGCUGAAAGAGGACAGAUUUUCAAUGGAUACUGUGAGGGUACACUGGCUUUCAAACCAACAUACAAGUAUAAUAUUGGAAGCAGCAACUAUGAUACAAGUUACAAGGUGAGAGUACCAUCAUGGACAGAUCGAAUAUUGUUCAAGGUAGAAGACAGUGAAAAGAUCGACGCAACUCUACACUCAUAUGAAUCGAUAGACAGUAUAUACAGCUCCGAUCAUAAACCAGUGAAGGCUCAUCUCUGCUUAGAAGUUAAUAGACAGUCAUCAUCUCCGAGCAAUAGAGCAAUUACAGGAGUCCAGAGUUGAAACUAUGUACUUUUCCAAGCCGUUCAAGAAGCUUCGCGAGCCUGAAAAACUAACACCACACUCGGUACAGAUUAACACUACCUGGCAUCCCUCAUGAAUCGUGAUCAAGUUCGACCAAUUAUUUAAUUGCUCUGCAUUUUUUUUACCCUCCUUGUGCAUGAUCAAAUGUAAAUAGCUACAUUUGA